AUGGAAGAAUUACAAAGACUUCGAGCGUCCCGAAAAGCUUAUCGAGCACACCUCACAACACUUUACAAGAAGAUUAUAGAAUUGAAAUCCGCCACGACUAUCGAUGAACUUCACAUUGCCACGCUCGAAAACUAUUGUCAACAACUCAAAAGAAAGAAAGACAUCUUAUCACCACUCGAUGAACAAAUUGCGAAAGCUAUCACCAAACCCGAAGACCUUGAAUGUGAGAUGACCUUGAAAUGCACAGCACAAUCGACGAAAG